AGGUUGGAAUCCCAGAUUAACCCGAUCCAGUUGCGUGUCCCGCUGUAACUUACCCAUAAACAAUGACAGAAACAUAGCAGUUCUGAUUCUAUAAAUGCUCAUAAAAAAUCCAAUCCUGUCAAAAUCAAUGUCCAGAUAGAUUUUGAGUCCCAUAACCCAACUCAAUCAUUGAUUUCAUCUGAAUUCACAACAGCUGAUAACAUAUUUGGACUUCUGGUUAAUCUGAUUCCACCCAAAAACCCCGAAUCUCUCUUUGUUACUCUCGGGCACGAUGGGCACAGAGACCUCGUCAGUGGAUAUUUCGGAGCCCCUGCUUGUGAAUCCUAACGGUAACGGGGAGAAGGAGGAGUAUUUGCGUGAGGAGGUUCCAGAAUGGAAGGAGCAAAUCACGAUAAGAGGGUUGGUGGUGAGUGCUGUGUUGGGGAGCUUGUUCUGCAUCAUCACCCACAAGCUCAACCUCACAGUUGGAAUCAUCCCUUCCCUCAACGUGGCUGCUGGUUUGUUGGGGUUUUUCUUUGUCAAGACCUGGACUGGUUUCUUGACCAAGAUAGGAUUUUUCACCAAACCCUUCACCAAACAAGAGAACACUGUUAUUCAGACGUGUGUGGUUGCUUGCUAUGGCCUUGCCUUUAGUGGUGGCUUUGGUUCAUCCUUGAUUGCCAUGGAUCAGAGAACAUAUGAACUCAUAGGCCCUGAUUACCCUGGUAAUAGAGCUGAAGAUAUUAAAAAUCCAGGAUUGGGUUGGAUGAUGGGUUUCAUGUUUGUUGUCAGUUUCCUUGGACUUUUUAGCCUUGUGCCACUUCGGAAGGUUAUGGUCUUGGAUUAUAAGCUUACAUAUCCCAGUGGGACAGCGACAGCAAUGCUAAUUAACAGUUUCCAUACAAAAACUGGAGCAGAACUUGCAGGGAAUCAAGUUCGGCAGCUUGGGAAGUAUUUAAGCAUAAGUUUUGUCUGGAGUUGCUUUAAGUGGUUCUUCAGUGGUAUUGGCGAUUCAUGUGGAUUUGACAACUUCCCUAGCUUUGGUUUGACACUAUUUAGGAACACAUUCUACUUUGACUUCAGUCCAACCUAUGUUGGAUGUGGCCUUAUCUGUCCCCAUCUAGUAAAUUGUUCAGUUCUCCUUGGAGCUAUUAUAUCAUGGGGCUUUCUGUGGCCUUUUAUCUCUGAGCAUGCUGGGGACUGGUAUCCAGCUGACCUUGGUAGCAAUGAUUUCAAAGGUCUUUAUGGAUACAAGGUCUUCAUAUCUAUUGCCCUUAUUUUAGGGGAUGGUAUUUAUAAUCUGGUAAAGAUUAUAAUUAUAACUAUUAGGGAGAUGUGGAGGGCAAGCUCCAAACAGAUCACCCUUCCUGUUGUGACUGAGGUUAAUGAUGAUGAGAGUUCUAAACUGCAAUCAGUAGAAAAGAUGAGAGAUGAAGUAUUUUUAAAGGACGGGAUACCCACCUGGUUCGCGGCUUCUGGAUAUGUGGGCUUGGCUGCAAUAUCCAUAGCAACAAUACCAAUGAUUUUUCCUCCUCUCAAAUGGUACUUGGUUCUGUGCUCUUACAUCCUUGCCCCUGCCCUUGCCUUCUGCAACUCUUACGGCACUGGCCUCACAGACUGGAGCCUGGCGUCCACUUACGGAAAGAUUGGUCUUUUCAUAAUUGCGGCAGCAGUGGGUCAAAAUGGUGGUGUAAUAGCAGGUGUAGCUUCAUGUGCUGUUAUGAUGUCUAUAGUCUCAACUGCUGCUGAUCUCAUGCAAGAUUUCAAGACCGGUUACCUUACCUUCUCAUCAGCAAAGUCCAUGUUUGUGAGCCAAUUGAUAGGAACAGCGAUGGGUUGUGUGAUCGCUCCUCUCACUUUCUGGAUGUUCUGGACUGCCUUUGAAAUUGGCUCACCUGAUGGCCCUUACAAAGCACCAUACGCCGUUAUAUUCAGGGAAAUGGCCAUUCUUGGUGUUCAGGGAUUCUCAGAGCUUCCAAAGUACUGCAUGGAAAUGUGUGGCGGUUUCUUUGCGGCAGCCCUGGCUAUCAAUCUUGUAAGGGAUGUGACUCCCAAGAAAUUCUCACAGUACAUACCCAUCCCAAUGGCAAUGGCAGUUCCUUUCUACAUCGGUGCUUACUUUGCAGUUGAUAUGUUUGUUGGAACUGUGAUACUGUUUGUAUGGGAAAAGUUGAAUAGAAAGGAUGCAGAGGAUUAUGCUGGGGCAGUUGCUUCUGGAUUGAUAUGUGGUGAUGGAAUAUGGACAAUUCCAUCUGCAAUCCUUUCUAUAAUGAGGAUCGAUCCCCCCAUCUGUAUGUACUUCGGCCCUUCUGCAAGUAGCUGAGAUCAGCACAGUCUGGGUUGUCUUUAAGACAAUGUUUAUAUAUUGUUUCUGUAUGUAAAUAUUUGUCUGUGACAUCAUAGGGAAUCUCCAAGUUUCAUUUCCUCUAUGUUUGUCCAUGUCUGUGUAUUCGUAAAUAUUUAGGGAUGUCAUUCAGUCCCUGAACUGUCUCAGGAAAAAAAUUCGGAAAGGGAUUCCUCCA